AUGACGACCUCGCAGCCCCAGCUCAACAUUGACCGCUACGUCGUCAUCCAUGUCGCCACCACCUGCGACGAGCACGGCGUCUACGUCACGAAGGACUCGGCCGAAGUGAUUGAGCUUGGAUGGAUUCUGCUCGACGCCAACACGCUCGAGGAGAUUACCCACGAGAGCGUCCUCGUGAAGCCCAUCAACACGCCCAUCACACCGCUGUGCACGAGCCUGACGACGUUGACGUGGGAGCACGUUCGAAAUUCUGGUUCCUUCCGGGAUGCCAUCACCCGAUUCGACGCCUUCGCCACCGAGCACCUGACAUCCAAAAACCUCGACUUCGUCUUCGUCACCCUGGAUGCCUGGGACCUCCGCGUCCAGCUGCCUCGCGAGGCCCGCGACAAGGCCGUCGUGCUCCCUCCCUACCUGCAGCACUCGCGUACCUUUGACCUGCGGACCGAGUAUCAGCGCUGGCAGCAGCACCAUCCCGAGUCGCUCCCCUUUGGGCCCUCGAUGCUCUCCAACAUUUGCGCCGCUCUCGAGGUCGAGCCGGUUCAGUCGAGCGCCCCCAUCAAGCACAAUCUGCCCUUCCACCUGCAGGCCCUCGCCCCGGCCUCCCCCCGCCGCGCCAUGGAGGAGGCCAUCACCCUCGCCCGCGUCCUCCGCGGCCUCAUCCGCAAGUCGCAGCCCGCCCAGGAGCACCCCGAUGUCCUGACCCGACCCAUGGACGCGAGGGCCGACGUCCGAGCCUUCCUGUCGGAGCGGAGCAAGGUCCUGCACAUGUCGGGCCUUCCCCACGAUACCACGCAGUCGGAGCUCGAGAGUUGGUUCACCCAGUUCGGCGGUCGCCCCAUCGCCUUCUGGACUCUCCGCACCCCGGAGCAGCACAAGCCUACCGGUACCGGCUUCGCCGUCUUCUCUUCCCACGAGGAGGCGGCCGAAAGCUUGUGCAUGAACGGUCGUGCCCUGAACGAAAAGGCCAUCGAGGUCUCCCCCUCGUCCAGCCGCGUUCUCGACCGCGCCCAGGAUAUCCUGACGCCCUUCCCCCCGAGCAAGAACCGCCCCCGACCCGGCGACUGGACCUGCCCCUCCUGCGGCUUCUCCAACUUCCAGCGCCGAACUGCCUGCUUCCGAUGCUCCUUCCCGGCCAUGGGAGGUGCCCACGGCCCGGGAGCCGGUGCCGACAUGGCCGCCGGCCCCGGCGGCUACGGUUACAACUACGGCCCUCCGGCCAUGAUGCCGCCCCCUCCCCAUGGUGGCCACGGGCACCACGGCCCCAUGGGUCACGGCGGCGGCGGUCGCAUGGGCGGCGGCGGCGCCGUGCCUUUCCGCGCCGGCGACUGGAAGUGCGGCAACGAAGUGUGCGGCUACCACAACUUCGCCAAGAACGUUUGCUGCCUUCGUUGCGGAGCGAGCCGCGCCACCGCCGCCGUCGUCGCCGACUCGGGCUACCCGUCCCCGAUGGACAACGCGUCGCAGUACGGCAUGAGCCAGGGGUCCAUGGCCGGCACCCCGGGUCCCGGGCCGUACGGCGCCAACAGCUCGUUCCCCUCCGGCGGCUACAACAACCAGCACUUCGGAGGACCGCCUAACCACUUCCUGCCAUCCGGCAUCGGCGGUGGCGCCGGCGCCUACCCGAGCUCCUUGAACACGCAGGGCUUCGGCUCGGGCCCCGCCUCGCAUUCGGCCGGACCUUUCGACAGCAGAGCGGCCGAGGCCGCUUUCCAGUCGGCCAACAACGGCCCUGUUUCUGCCGGACCCGGACCUGGACCCGGACCCGGACCCGCCAACAAUUUCUACAACGGGGAGAACGACCCGUUCGCCUUCCUGUCGAGCGGCAUGAGCGGGCUCUCGGUCGGCGCCAACGAUGCUCGUCAGAACGGCCAGAACGGCCAGAACGGUCAGAACGGUCAGAACGGAGGCCCUCCUGCGAACAAGUCUCCAGCCUAG